AGCAUGCUACCAUUAACUAGGUAUCAUAUCCAGGUGUUGUAAACUUGAGUCCGAGUCUUGCAUCUGUCGGUCUGCUGCAUACUUGCCACGAUUUUUACAGCUACCUACCGCUAUAGACUAUGGAGUGCAGCGUCAGCGCUAGCGCCAGCCUUCAGUUCAACUUGCAGGAUGACGAUAUCGCUUUAGCAAAGCUUCUUCAAGAACAGGAGCGCGCAUUCUAUAUACUGGGCCAAUCAAUCAGCGCUGACCAGACGGGAGAAGUAGAGCUUACCGAUGAGGAGCUAGCACGACGACUACAAGAGGAAGAGGACCAAGCGACAUACCAUGCAUUGGCGUAUGGCGUCGGUGGCGAUGCAGACGGCCUACUACGAGAGGCAGGGCUCGACACCGAAAGCCCAGCACAGAUAGAGUCGGAGGAGCAGGAGCAGAGCGAACUUCCGUUCAGCUACGAGGACAUGUUGGCUCUGGGCGACCUAGCUGGCAAGGUCAGCAAGGGGCUCAAGGCGGAAACGCUAAACCGCCUGCAGGUUGAGCGUGUCAGCACCCUCCGAGCCACCUGCAACGCGUCGUCACUUGACAGGUGCUGCAUUUGCCAACUAGAGUUUGAGGACGACGACGAGGCCACCCCGCUGCCGUGCAGGCACUGCUACCAUAGCGACUGCGUGCGGCAAUGGUUGCAGCAAAGCAAGGCCUGCCCCGUAUGCGGCAAGGAGCUGGAGGCGGCUGCGAGCAGCACGUAGCUGCAGCACGCGACCCAUGGGUCUGCGUCCUGUCAAAGUAAGCCAUUGCACGGCACUUCUGGAUAUGUGUGAAAGGAUCGUAACGGCGUACCGUAAGGGAAGCUAUGGGCGGCUUUCGGCGCUGAACAUCCUCGGCUAUCAACUCGACAACGUUUGGUGACCACAUGCCAUUUACGUCCACCCCCAUCUGUACUGCUAUAUACAUCGGUGCUGUCAUGUACCGGUAACAGUGUGAC